GAACACGACGUGGACAUCGUCGUGGUUGUGGCUGUAGUGACCUGUAUAUUUUUAUUACCGACAAUAUUCUUCGCGAUUUGUAAGCUACAUUCGAGGAUGAAGAGAAAAGCACACAAACGGGCGUCGGGUUUUUCCGUUGUUUCUAUAGCACCGAUGAAUCGUCCACACAAAUCAUCCAUAGUUCUUCCGCCCAUCAGGCACGUUCCAAUGCAACAUCGGCCUUCCAAUGAACUCUCCACAGUAGAAGCACCUGAGUCAAGUACCCCGGGGAAGAUAGAAGGAGUAAACACGCGUCGUUUUUCAGCUUGCUACUUAACCGAGCUGAAACUCAUGGAUGUAGGUCCAUUACCUCAUGAUCAAGCUGUUGUGGAAGAGCAACGAGAACGUGAAUUGGAAAAGCGAGCAUCGCCUCGCUGUCCAAAUCAAUUAAUGAGCUCAUUCACAACUGCAUUAUUACCGAAUUUGCUUUACAUGAAAGAUGGAGGGGAGGAACUAGCUGCAGCAGUCGAAGCGGGUCACGAUAACCCUUGCGUACAUGGAGCCCUCUGGAGUUACCCCAUG